AUGCCCAACGUGAAAUGCCCUUAUAAGAAAGUAGACUUGAGUUGGUACACUGGCACAGCGAAUCCUUGUCCACAUGUACACCAACCCAUCUGCGGCACCGAUAUCAAAAGCUAUGACAAUCCCUGCAUCUUGUGUAUUGAGAGCUUGAAAUCAAAGGGAAAAAUUAAGUUUUCCCGCAAUGGAUACUGUUAG